AUGGGUGGAGUUUCUGGAGUCGGCAUCGACACCCAGUCAGCUGAGGCCGGAUCCACUCCCGCUCGCUUGAACCGUGGUUCACACCUGAGACAGGUCUGGACGUCUCUGGAUGUGCGACUCGCUUUUCCGACGUUCGGAUGCUUGCCUAAUGUAGCGAGGACUGAGUCGUUUAGCGAUGAAGAACGAUUAUGGUCCAGCCGGCCAAGCGCACUAUUGAGGAGUAGGAUAUCUAUAGCCUGCUUCCUCGCUCACCGUAAGCCCGGAUCCAUGUCUCACUCCGGUACGCCGACCGACAAGAAAAUAGGCACGAUUCCCGGCGAUGGCAAACCUGCCCAACCGAGUAAUUCCUCCGGUGUCAAAUGA